AUGAUAAGGGCUGAGAUGCAACAGUUGCUGGAUCGUGGUAUCAUUCGGCCUUCCAUGUCACCCUGGGCAGCUCAAUGCUUGUGUGUUAAGAAGAAAGACGGAACUAUGCCACUGUGUAUUGACUGGAGGGUGUUGAAAAAGCUUCUGGUAUCCGACAGUGGCGGGCUAGGUGGUAUGCAAACCAUAUUCGAUGGACUGAAAGGCAAGCGGUACUUCACUCAGAUCGAUCUAGCGUCAGGCUUUCAUCAAUUUGAAAUCGCCGAGAAGGAUCGCUAUCAAACAGCCUUCCGUGACGCAGAUGGCAUGUUGUACGAGUUUACACGUGCGGGUUUCGGGCUGACAGUUUUACCUUCCGCGUUCACGCUUCGAGUGAAGUCUGCUUUAGGAAUGAUCGAUGGCGUGUUUAGCUGGUUGGACGACAUACUCGUCGCAAACGAAACGUGGGAAGAACACCUUGAACAACAUAUUCGCCUGAUUGAGAGCGUAGCAUCUGAUUGAGAGCGAGAUUGCGCGAUACGCUGUAGCCGGACUACCACUGAGAGGUGGAGCUUGCUGUGUAGCUUGAAUUGAAGGGCUAGCCCGUAGCUUCAAGCCGCUACCCUGGUCAUCCUGUGGGAGUCUCUCGUUGUGGAGCUACAGCGGGGAGCAGAAGCUACAGCAGAGCCCACCGCCCGACGCGAUACCGCCCUGAAACAGUUUGAGCAGAAAUAUUAUAUCUGGGCAAAUCUAGCAACUNGAGCAGAAAUAGCCAAUCUGGGCAAAUCUAGCAACUUGUCUAGCUCCUCGCUGCAGCAUCCGAUGACGAUGACACGCAUAUGCUCGCGAAGCUGCUGAUGAGACCUUCAAUUUGCACCGCUUCUUGGAAUAGCCCGUCCCCUACUUGCCAAGAAAUGGCAAGAGGCGUCUGGACCCAAAAUUUCAAUUUUUUUGGCUCUCGCUCUCAAUCAGAUGCUACGCUCUCAAUCAGGCGAAUAUGUUGUUCUUGCUGCAUUGGUGCUCGUUCUAACACGCCUUCGUGCUGCUGGACUGUCCGUUGACUUUUCGAAAUGCAUUUUCGGGGCUUCGUCCCAAGGGUUUCUCGGAAUGAUAAUUGAUGCUACCGGCAUGCACCCAGCCCCGUCGAAACUCGAAGCGAUUGCCAACAUGCCCCGGCCACGAACGGUCGAAGACCUGCGCACGUUUCUAGGCUUGACGGGAUAUCCCCGACAAUUUGUCCCUCAAUACAGUUUAGUUUCGGCUCCCCUACAGACAGAUGUCCUCCGCAAUAAGGACUUUGCGUCUAAGCGCGCACGUAAGCUCCCAAUUCAGUGGGGGGAAGCGGAGGAGCACGCCUUCCACCAACUAAGACAGUGCCUGGCUUCCCCUACCGUGUUAGCUUUCCUGAUCCUAAUGCAUCUUUUGAGCUGCAUUCAGAUGCUCGCUCAGUGGGCGCAGGUGCUACCCUGCUGCAGACCAUCGACGAUACACCCAGGAUCAUCGCUUUCGCUAGCCACAAGUUCUCUCGCACCGACGCUCGACGAGGACCCACGGAACGGGAGUGCAUGGGAGUAUUGUGGGGCGUUGAUCGUUUCAAGCCGUACCUAGCUGGUACUCAGUUCAAAGUCGUGACGGAUUGCUCUGCGCUCACGUGGUUGUUUCGCAGUAGAGAACUUGUCCCAAGUUGCAUAGGUGGGCACUUCGCCUCAUGGAGUACGACAUAGUAUUAGAAUGGAGGGCAGGAGUGCACACGUGUUGCCAGAUGCUCUGUCCCGUCUCCCCGUGGCCAGUAGCCCCUCCGCAGAUGUAGACGACUCUUUUCCUGACGAUUUCACGUUCCCGAAUUCCUCCACUUGUGUCGGCCCGCAAGGCCCUGUGCUUGAUGGUGUGCGUCUCGCGGACCUCACGACCGACGACGAAUCCGAGCCCGUAAUUACCGAUGGUGAGAUUGAUCCCGCGGUCAUAGCACCACUAUUGGCUGACUUCCCGUCGCUGCCUGUGCCUCGCUCGAUGAACAUGUGCCACCACGUCGCUCAGGCAGACCACGCACGCCGUCAGUACGCCUACAACCCGUCGACGACCCUCAGCUGCCUACAGUGGCAAAGGGUCUUAUCAACUAGGCUACAACGCGCGUGCGCACCUGAGCCCAUCGAGCUACCCCCGGCUCAUCCACCGGAGCCGGUGCAGCCCGUGUGCACGAGGUCCGCCGACGUGGAGGAGGUGCUUUCAGCAGAAGGGGAGUCCCCCUUUCCGUCAGCGGUAGACACAGGGUCAACGGCGGUUCACAGGGCGCUACGAGUGGUGAAGCACCCGGACACGUUCAUUCGACGCCAGCAAGACGAUGCCCUGGGCCAGGUUUGGCGGGAUCUAGGGGGGAGUGGUAAUGCAGGAUACAGUUUGAAUGAUAAGGGAGUACUACGGUUCGACGUUGGUCCACACACUACAUGGACACGCAGGAGUUGGAGCGACCUUGGCACUAAUUUGGGAUCACUUUCACUGGUCGAAACUCGCACGAGAUGUCCAUCAGUACGUUUUGUCGUGUAGCUGCAGACGCCGCAAAAGGCCCACUAGUAGACGCGUAUCGAUGCUGCCAGGGAGACCAUUGGAACCUUGGGAUGAACUUGAGAUUGACCUACUGAAAAUUGACACAUCAUUGUCUGGUAACAAGUACAUCCUGCUUGUGGUAGACCGUGCAUCCAAAUUCCCUUUUGGUUUCCCUCGUGCGACCAAGGAAGCCACAGGAGUAGCUAGAGCGUUGUCGGAACUUUGAUUAACUUUCGGCGUCCCCAAAACCAUUCGUUGCGAUGGCGGUAAAGAGUUUGGCGGAGAAGUAGUGACUCACCUGUGCCGGUGGUUACAGGCGGAUAUCACUUUGGAGUAGCAGAUCAUGCCCAACGGCAAGGCUCAGUAGAGAGGCUAGGAGGUUGGAUGCAAGAGCUGUUGGCAGAGCUGUGCAUAUGCUGGAACGACCGUUGGGAUGAUUAUGUAUCGCCUGCCAUCUGGAUUAAACGCACGCUGAUAUACAUUUCCAUUCACCCGAACAUGACCCCGUUUGAAUUGUUGUUCGGUCGCAAACCCCGCACCUCGUUAGAUUCGUUGGUGCCGCCUUCAGAGGAGGGAAACCAAGAUCCUUCGGGAGGUUUGGACAACUUCGUUGAACGGCGCAAGCAAAACCUUCGGGAAGUUCGGUUGGUGCUCGAGAAGCGCCACGACCUGCGGGUAGCAGCAAGGGCCAAGUCGAGCGCCAAUAUUUCGAGGAGUGCGGUGUUGGUAACGGCAGAGAAAGGCAAUUUGGUUAUGGUGCGCGAGGCGGACAGCAGUCGUCACCAAGACAAGCGGGGCCGGAAGCUGCAGCACGACCUCUACAUCGGCCCUUGGACAGUAGAAGAAGUUUUGCAGAGAGUCUUGAGUGUGCAAGUGAAGAUGCAGGGGAGAAAGCUGCGUUCGCGGAGAGUUUGCACGGCCGAGUUGAAACUCUUUCAUCUUCGCCCACCCCAUUUGAGACAUUCUAUUGCCGAGGAAUUCAUGCAGUUUGCGUGGGGCCCUGGCUUUGCAGCACCUGUCGAGCAGCCUGACCAAUAGGGACGUUCGUCUCCCUCUCUGACUGCGUCGUGUGCAUUUACCUACCGGUGCGUU